AUGUCUACGCACCACUGCUUUCAGGGCGUUGCGGCAGAGGCACAGUAUGAGCCAGCUGGCACUUGCUCUUUUAUCGCCGGACUUGAGACAUACAAGGCAACGCCUCAAGACAAAGCCGCUGACCUGGCUCUACGAGGCAAGGUGCUGUACCUGCCUGAUGGCUUCGGUCUCGCGAAGCACAAUAAGAAGCUGGCGGAUUUGUACGCCGAGCGCGGCUAUGAGACCACCGUUGUAGACUAUUUCGAAGGAGAUGCGCUGCCCGAGAUCUUCAUGCAAUAUAUGCCAGGGACCGACAUUGACACGUACGACAACUUCACCGCAGAGGAGAAACGACGUAUUCGCGCCAUCGAUAUGCCAGCAUGGCUUUCGCGGCACAACCCAGGGCAUAUAGCCUCGCUGGUAGAUCGGUUCUUCGCAGAGUUCUGCAACACACUCGUUGUGGAUAACCACCGCCCCAGCGCUGAGCUACAUGUCGUCGGGCAUUGCUUUGGCGGCAAGCAUGCUUUCCGACUUGCCAAACUUGACGACGAUUUGAUCAAAACCGCCCUUGUCUACCACCCGGCUUUUCUCGAACCUUCAGACCUGCAUGGCUUGAACAAGCCAACGUUUGUGGGUGUGGCCGAAACGGACGUUUUCACGCCGGAUCUGACGGAGACUCUGGUCGGUAAACUACCGCGAUGCGGUGCAAUGUGGAAGCUCGUGAUAUACGGUGGUACGAAGCACGGGUUUGCGAGCAGAGUGGACGCGGAAGAUGAGGUGGCCGUGAAGAUGUUCGAGCAGGCAUUUGAUGAUGGGCUGCAGUGGAUGGAGAUGAGCUAG